AUGCCGUUCCUCUACGCUGCCCUCUCCUCCGGCCCCGGCGCCCUCGCCCUCCUCGAGAGCCCCACCGGCACUGGCAAGACGCUCAGCAUCAUCUGCAGCGCGCUCCAGUGGCUCCUCGACCGCCGCGACGCCGCCGCUACGGCGCCGGCGCACCCCAGCGGCGGUGCUGGCGCCGGGGAGGACGACGACGAGCCCGACUGGAUGCGGGAUUUCACGCCGCUGCCGCCGGAGAAGGAGGUCACGAAGAAGAAGAAGAAGAAGAAGAAGAAGACCAAGCCUCCGGCGAUGAGGAAAACGGCGGGGUCGGGGAAACCCGACGGGUUUGGGGAGCAAGGCGCCGGCGACGACGACGGGGAGUUCCUGCUGGAGGAGUUUGAGAGCGACGGCGAAGACGGCGUGAUGCGCGGGGUGGGGAAGCGUGCACAUUGCGGUAGCAGCAGCAGCAGCGAGGGCGAGUCGGAUGAGGAAGAGGAGGAGGAGGUGACGCCCAAGGUUUACUUCACGAGCCGCACGCACUCGCAGCUCUCGCAGUUCGUGGGUGAGCUCAAGAGGACGGAGUUUGCGGGGAGGAUCAGGACGGUGUCCUUGGGGUCCAGGAAGAACUUGUGCAUCAACAAGGAUGUUAUAAAGCUUGGCAGUGCGAACCGGAUUAAUGAGAGGUGUUUGGAACUGCAGAAGAACAAGAAGAGCAGCAAAACUAAGGUCCGGUGA